CCGCGGGGUCUCUCCGCCUUCCCCGCGCGCCCCGCGGCGCCGAGGGGGCGGAGCCCGAGACCCGCCGCGCCUGCGUGCUGUGCGUUCCCCGGGAGCAGCAGCUGCUGCCCCUGCCGCUGCUGCUGCCGCCGCCGCCGUCGCUGCCGCCGCCGCCGCCGCCGCUGCCGCGACCUCCACGUUCGGGAGUAGAAUUCGGAAUCCCUGCGCCCGGCUAACAAUGAAGCAGAGUUCCAACGUGCCGGCUUUCCUCAGCAAGCUGUGGACGCUGGUGGAGGAAACCCACACCAACGAGUUCAUCACCUGGAGCCAGAAUGGACAGAGUUUUCUGGUCUUGGAUGAGCAAAGAUUUGCAAAGGAAAUUCUUCCCAAGUACUUCAAGCACAAUAACAUGGCAAGCUUUGUGAGACAACUAAAUAUGUAUGGCUUCCGUAAAGUAGUACACAUUGAAUCUGGAAUUGUCAAACAGGAAAGAGAUGGCCCUGUUGAGUUUCAACAUCCUUAUUUCAAACAAGGCCAGGAUGACUUGCUGGAGAACAUUAAAAGGAAGGUUUCAUCUUCAAAACCAGAGGAAAAUAAAAUUCGUCAGGAAGAUUUAACAAAAAUUAUUAGUAGUGCUCAGAAGGUUCAAAUAAAACAAGAAACUAUUGAGUCCAGGCUUUCAGAAUUAAAAAGUGAGAAUGAGUCGCUUUGGAAGGAGGUGUCAGAAUUAAGAGCUAAGCAUGCACAGCAGCAACAAGUUAUUCGAAAGAUUGUCCAGUUUAUUGUUACAUUGGUUCAGAAUAAUCAACUUGUGAGUUUAAAACGUAAAAGGCCUCUACUUCUAAACACAAAUGGAGCCCCAAAGAAGAAUCUAUAUCAGCAUAUAGUCAAAGAACCAACUGAUAAUCACCAUCAUAAAGUUCCACACAGCAGGACUGAAGGGUUAAAGUCAAGAGAACGGAUUUCAGAUGACAUAAUUAUUUAUGAUGUUACUGAUGAUAAUGUGGAUGAAGAAAAUAUUCCAGUUAUUCCAGAAACAAAUGAGGAUGUUGUCGUUGAUCCCUCCAACCAGUAUCCUGACAUUGUCAUUGUUGAAGAUGACAAUGAGGAUGAGUAUGCUCCUGUCAUUCAGAGUGGAGAGCAGAGUGAACCAGCUAGAGAAUCCUUACGUGUGGGGAGUGCUGGUGGCGGCAGCCCUCUCAUGUCGAGUGCUGUCCAGCUAAACGGCUCCUCCAACCUGACCUCAGAAGACCCUGUGACCAUGAUGGACUCCAUUCUGAAUGACAACAUUAACCUGUUAGGAAAGGUUGAGCUGCUGGAUUACCUUGACAGUAUUGACUGCAGCUUAGAGGACUUCCAAGCCAUGCUCUCAGGAAGGCAGUUUAGCAUAGACCCAGAUCUCCUGGUUGAUACACGGACUCCUUUCUGUAAAGACCACAGCUGUCGUAGAGGUGUCCUUGGCUCUCUUUCCAUUUCAUUCCCCUCCUAUUUUAUAUCACCCACUGGCCACUGAAGAGGAACAGAGCAGACUCACUUUGCUUUUCUUAUCUCAUCAUCAGGUACUAUUUUUCAAAAUAAUAUUGACACACCACCCUGAUUUUGUAUUUUCACUUUUCUCAUCUAAGACUUACAUCACCCAUGAAUUAGAUUGAAGUGUCAUAAAAUUUAAAAUCUAGCCCUGGCUUACCUUAUUCUCUGAAAUGAUAAAAAUGCUCAAGACAUAAACCAAGUGCAUUGAGAAUUCUGGCUGCACUUUAUAAUGGUCAGGUCUCCCUGUAUCAGGGUGGAGUCAGCAGGAGGGCAUCGGGCCUUAGAACUUAUGUUACAUCAGUUCCUUAUAUGUGAAUUGGUUGUGUACGUUAUGUCCCAACUACCUUCUGGGAGUAUGUAAGACAUGCUCCCAAGUCUGAAUAGGAU